AUGCAUCAUGAGAAGGUAGGAAAACGAAGAGAAGAAAAAGAUGGUCGUAAGUAUGUACAUGAAUUAUAGUAAAGGAAAAGAUCCACCGAGGCCGCAUUUUCAGAGGUGCAAGAGUCCGAAAAAAGUCGAAGAGAGAAUCUCGAAGAUGGCAAAAUGGCGACGGCGAAUGGAGUAGAUCGACAACCCUUUCUAGUUGUAAACAACUGGGAACCGCUUCAACGUCUAUGGUGAUGAUGUAUGCAAGAGACACAGUUGUCAUGCGGACGGACCGGCGCGACAUGACAUAA